ACUGUCUGUCUCUCUCUCUACCUUUUGUGCUUGGCCUUUUUCUCUUCUUCUGCUUUCUUCUUGCUCUUUCCAGUUUCCACAAGUGUUGUAAACCUUUCAUGCUUCUCUCUCUCUAAUUCUCUCGAUCACCAAAUUCACUGAAUCUUAACUCCGAAGUUUUGCUAUUAAUUACUUGUUACUGUGUUCAGUCAAUCUCAAUUACGGUCAACAUUAACUUUAUUCACCCACUCCUUUUUAUAUAUUGGAGAGCGUAUAGUGGUCCAUGUUGUGGCAGAAGUGCUUGAUUGGGGAAUGAAGUUGAGUCUGAGAUCAAUGGGAGGGAAGAGAUCUGGUACAGGGAACUUGAAUUUAGAGAUCUGCACAAAGUUCUUUGUGGGCUUUUUGUUGAUAUACGCAGCUCGAAUUUCGCUUGGAAACACUAAUCCGGUUGAUGUUGCUGCAAUUAAUAGCCUGUAUGCUGCAAUGGGAUCUCCUGCUCUUCCUCGUUGGGUUGCGAGCGCAGGCGACCCAUGUGGUGAAGUGUGGCAAGGCGUGGUGUGUAACGGUUCUGACAUACAGAGCAUAGUUCUUAAUGCUGCUAAUUUGGGAGGAGAACUAGGUGAUACCUUGGGAAACUUUGCCUCGAUUAAAUCAAUAGAUCUGAGCAACAAUCGUAUCGGAGGGAGUAUUCCAUCCAAUUUGCCGGUUACUAUGCAAACCUUCUUUCUUUCUGCAAAUAAUCUCUCUGGAAGCAUCCCAGAUUCUUUAUCUUCUUUGGUUUUAUUGACAGACAUGUCUCUAAAUGGCAAUCUUUUAAGUGGAGAGUUACCAAAUGCGUUUCAGAGACUUACAGGAUUGAUCAAUCUAGAUUUAUCGAACAACAAUUUUAGUGGAGAACUACCGCCCUCUCUGGAAAAUUUAUCACGUCUAACAACCCUACAUUUACAGGAAAAUCAGUUGUCCGGAACCCUGGAUGUUCUGCAAGACCUUCCCUUGAGAGAAUUGAACAUAGAGAACAAUCUCUUCGCAGGUCCCAUACCUGAUAAAAUGCUAAGCAUCCCCACUUUCAGAAAGGAUGGUAACCCAUUUAAUUCCACCGUUGCUCCAUUACCAGCACCACCAUCUCCAUCAACAGUUCCACGACAACCACCACGAGCACCAACGUCUCCUGGGGCGCCAUCUUUUUGGCAUACCCCUGGGAGUCAUGCCGAUAGCCCAUCUUCUUCAGAAGAAUCAAAUGGAGGAACACAAAAGUUUUGGACGAAAAAAAAGGUAGUUUGGAUAUCAAUAGCAGGGGUGAUUUUGUUCAUAAUCGUGGCAUUAGGACUUGCGCUCUUUUUGCCAAGUUGUAUCGUACGAAGGGAAGAGGCUGAUGGAGCUUUUAAGCGGCAUCGAGUAGGGGCGGAUAGAGGCCACAGGGAGAACCCUAGGGAUAGUGGGUCACUGGCACAAUCAACCAAUCAGAUGGAAAAAGUUCCAAAUGUGCCGGUUAUGCGUCCAAAGGAGGAUCAUCAAAUAGAGAAUAGAAGAGCUGAAGCUGCUCCAAAGCAACAGAAUGAGCAAGAGAGAAAUUUUCGACGGAUGAGUGCGGUACCGAAGCGGGAGGAUCAUUCUAUAGAUAUGAGUGAAUAUGAUACGAUUUUGAUGCCUCCCCUUCCCCCUCCUCCACCUCCCCCUCCUCCUCCACCGCCCCCUGCUGAGAAGGUCAUUAUCAGACCCAUUGGUCCUGCAGAAGCAACAACAGCAAAGUCUUCCUCCAAAGCUCCUAAUAUCAUCACUUCUGCAAGGUCUUUCACAAUUGCAGCUCUUCAGCAGUAUACAAACAGCUUUUCACAAGAAAACCUUAUUGGAGGAGGCAUGCUGGGAAAUGUCUAUAGGGCACAGCUUCCUGAUGGAAAGUUGCUUGCAGUAAAAAAGCUUGACAAGAGGGUUUCUGAUCAGCAGAAAGAUGACGAAUUUAUUGAGCUGGUUAACAAUAUUGACCUAAUCCGGCAUGCCAAUGUUGUUGAGCUUGUGGGUUACUGUGACGAGCAUGGUCAAAGACUUUUGAUCUAUGAAUAUUGUAGCAAUGGGACACUGCAGGAUGCACUACAUUCGGAUGAAGAAUUGAGAAGGAAACUUUCUUGGAAUACCCGCAUCCGAAUGGCACUUGGAGCAGCUAGAGCCUUAGAAUACUUGCAUGAGAUCUGUCAGCCACCUGUGGUUCAUCGAAAUUUCAAGUCUGUUAAUGUUCUCCUUGAUGAUGACCUUUCUAUUCGUGUUUCUGACUGUGGCUUGGCUCCAUUAAUAUCAAAAGGCUCUGUAAGUCAGUUGUCAGGACAUCUGCUAUCAGCUUAUGGAUAUGGAGCUCCUGAAUUCGAAUCCGGAAUUUAUACUUAUCAGAGUGAUAUUUACAGCUUUGGUGUAGUUAUGUUAGAACUUCUGACAGGCCGAAAGUCGUAUGACAGGACAAGAAAUCGAGGGGAGCAAUUGCUGGUGCGGUGGGCUAUCCCCCAGCUUCACGACAUUGAUGCAUUGUUCAGGAUGGUUGACCCCUCUCUUAAUGGAGAAUACACUGCUAAAUCGUUAUCGCAUUUUGCUGAUAUUAUUUCUCGGUGUGUCCAGUCUGAACCAGAAUUCAGGCCGCCAAUGUCUGAAGUUGUCCAGGAUCUGAGAGACAUGAUACGGAGGGAACGCUCCAGCAAUGAAUCAAUUGGGGACUGAUUGAAAUUAGUUUUGCAAAUUGUCAACACUAGAUUAUGCAACUACUGUAAAGAAGCUGCAGAAGGAUGCCCCUAACACAUCCAGGAGCUCACAUCCAUAGCUUUCAUCCUCGAUGUGUAUUCAAGAUAGUCCGGCAACGAUGUUGCUGCUGCGCCUGUAAACGUUCCGAUUCUUCUGGUUGAUUAUUUGUGAUUAUUGUUUCAUAAAUGGUAUGGCAAUGUCUAUGUCACAGUCAAAUGCCCUAACCCAAUUGUUUCAUAUAUUCUUUCUGUUCUUACCAAUGAAAGUUUAGUUGUGAACUACCAUCUGGGGAUGCUUUUAAAUGUAACAAAAGCACAGACCUCCACCUAGUC